CAAGCUUUUAAUUGCCCUAUUAUUUCUUUCUUUCUUUUUUUUUUUUAUUACAGACCAGUUGAAUUUUCAGAACCUGAAUACCCACAAGUUGAAUAUCAAAGGAGGCAGCAAUUUUGGGAUCCUAUAAGGCUAGCUGUUUUCACAUUGGUGAUUGCAGCAAUUAUAGGAAUUGCAAUUGGUAUAGUUACUCAUUUUGUUGUUGAGGGUGAUAAAUCUUUCUAUUACCUUGCCUCUUUUAAAGUCACAAAUAUCAAAUACAAAGAAAAAUAUGCAAUGAAAUCCUCAAGGGAGUUUACAGAAAGGAGUCAUCAGAUUGAGAAAAUGAUGUCCAGGAUAUUUCAACGUUCUGCAGAAGGUCGGUUUAUCAAAUCUUAUGUUGUCAAACUAAAUCCAGAUAAAGAUGGUGUGAACAUUUUCAUGGUGCUCAUGUUUCGAUACCCAUCUGCUAGCAGUGCUGAAAGAAUCAAGAAAAGAAUUGAAAAGAUUUUAUAUCAAAGUCUGAAGACCAAAAACUUGCCUUUGACUAUAAACAAACCAUCAUUUACACUCACAGCUAUUGACAGCAAAAAGAUGAGGAAUUUUCUCAACAGUCGCUGUGGGAUAAGGAUGAGAUCUUCAAACAUGCCAAUGCCAUCAUUCUCUUCUACUGAAAGGCUUGUCCAUGGAAGAGAAACAGCUACAGUUGGAGAGUGGCCAUGGCAGGCCAGCCUCCAGCUCAUAGGGGCAGGCCAUCAGUGCGGAGCCAGCCUCAUCAGUAACACGUGGCUCCUCACUGCAGCUCACUGCUUCUGGAAAAAUAAAGACCCAACUCAAUGGAUUGCUACUUUUGGUAUAACUAUAACACCACCUGAAGUGAAACGAAAUGUGAGGAAAAUUAUUCUUCAUGAAAAUUACCACAGAGAAACAAAUGAAAAUGACAUUGCGUUGGCCCAGCUUGAUACUGGAGUUGAGUUUUCAAGUAUAGUCCAGAGAGUUUGCCUCCCGGAUUCAUCUGUAGAGUUGCCACCUAAAACGAGUGUAUUUGUCACAGGAUUUGGAUCCAUUGUAGAUGAUGGACCUACACAAAAUAAACUUCGACAAGCCAGAGUAGAAGUCAUAAGCACUGAUGUAUGUAAUAGAAAGGAUGUGUAUGAUGGGCUGGUAACUCCAGGCAUGUUGUGUGCAGGGUUCAUGGAAGGAAAAGUAGAUGCUUGUAAGGGUGAUUCUGGUGGGCCUCUGGUUUAUCCUGAUAAUCAUGACAUCUGGUACCUUGUUGGUAUAGUAAGUUGGGGACAAUCAUGUGCUCUCCCCAAAAAACCCGGAGUCUACACGAGAGUGACUAAGUAUCGAGACUGGAUUGCCUCAAAGACUGGCAUCUAGUGUGAAUUGCUCGUGAAUUGUAUCCAUGGCACACAGAGGUGAAACUCUUCCAUGUCGUGUAUUAUUCAUGUUCAUGUGGUGUGGAUCAGUGCCUUUGCUGGAGGUCAAGAAGCCCUUCAGACUCAGAACAAUCUAAUAUCAUGAAGUGGUAGCCCUUGUGUACAUAUGACCCAGCUCUCUCUCUACCAUGAGGAAGAAGACACAGCAAAUGACAGAUAGCACCGAUCCCUCACUCACAAGAAAAACUUGUUCCUCAUACUUCUUACUAAGGCAAAUACUUAUGAAUGGUCCCCCCCCCCGGCCCCGUGGAAGAGGGGGAAUAUCAUUUUCCACAGGAUAUGAAGAGCCAGUGUUGCCAAGAUAUUACCUCAUACAGUAUCUGGAACACCUGGGAUUCUUCUAGAUAAAUGUCAUAUAGAAGUCGUUCCUGAAGAUUCAGAGAUUCAAAAUUCUAAGACUGAUAACUUAGUGUACAUUCCACGGGUAGAAUGGAGAAGCAUGGGCUUUGUACUAUAAUUUGAACUCCAA